AGACAGCUGGACAGGGAAAGCAGCUUUUCCGAGGAGCACGACCUUUCUGGAGACUGAGCUAGACUAACAGGAGAGUCGCACAGUAGCAAAGUCAUAAGUAGUUCCUAGCAGCUUGACAUUUAUGUAUAUAAACGCCUGUUGAUAUUUUCUAUUUAUGUAUUUAAACGACGCAUGUUGUUAUAAAAGUUGACUUUCUCGUACCGUCUAAGUAGUCAAAGCGUUUCUCAUCUUUCUUCACCGCUAGAAAAAAUAUAUAAAAGAUUAUACUUUUUUAUCAAACACCAUGACGAUGCAACUAGUACCGAUCUUGCUCUCGACCAUCUUGAUGGUGAGCGGCAUGCAUGAUGGCAGCUUAUUUGUGCGCCGGGUAUCUGUGCGAAAGGACCAGGAGGGCCGACGAGGGGGAGGAGGCGGAGGACGCAAAAAAAAGUUGAAUUCAUCACCUACGAGUAAAUUUUUUGGCCAUCUCUAUGGUGGACGACUACGGAAGUAUAGCGCGAGCGCUGCGAGAAAGAGUUUGGGCGGUUCGUGGCGGGCGGAGAUGGACUCUAAAGGAAUCGAUGUGGACCAGAUUGAGGUGCACCUACAGGCAACAGAUGCGAGCACGGGAGGUUUGACGGAGCUUCGGUUCAAGACACCGUCAAAGACGCCAAUCUGGAAAUUCCUGCGCAGGCUGCGCCACGAGCUAAUGACGCACGCUUCACCUCGCCCGUCGUCCGCCCGCGCACGAAAGUCGUCGCGUAGUUCGUCGUCCAGGAGAAAGAAGUCUCCGAACAUAUCCUCAACGGCACGAAUCAUCGACGGGCAACUCGGCACUUUGCGUUUGCAGCAGCUGGUGCUCGGUGAUGGAGCACCGUUGGAAAUCCCGACACUGCUUUUCGAGGAACCAAUCGCUCAGUGGUUUCGCGGAAAACAGAGUUUUGCUAUCCUCGGUCUCAUUUACAGUAGUGAGAAAAUCAUGAGCCGUUCCGCUUCCGCGUCUGGCGCCUCUCAACUGCUCAUGGGAGAAGAACGAGCGUCGCAGAAGCACCGGGUACGCGAUAUCCUGUGUGGAUCCGUGCAGCAUCCGUACGGCGGCGCACAGCCCUUCGAUUCCAUGAAAGAACUGCAUCACGCCUUGGCGAGUGGAGAAAGUCUUCUUUGGCCAGCAAGCACGAAGUACGGCGGAGCGCCAAACCUUUCACUGUUGCACUGCGCCAUUCAAGCUGGCAAUCUAAGCGCUGUGCGGGAUCUCAGUCGGCUGAUGACCGCCGGAGAAUGGAGCGCACAUGAGAAAGACGCCCCACAGCAUACGCUCCUGUUCGCCUUGCGACUUUUCGUUCAGGCAAAGAAUCGGAGCUCCGAAGGAGCGGAGGAACAGCAACAGGAAGUGUCAACGCGGGAAAAAGAACCUCGCGGCCACGAAGAAAUAUUUGCACCUUCAAGGAGCAAGUAUGAUGACGACGCGCGCCCGCCUCCACAGUACGAAGAAAUUGUGAGCUUUUUGAGCCAGCACCCGUCGUCCCUCUUAACCUACGCCCGGGCACUUGAUGCCCUCUUAAAGACACCUGCGAGCCCGAAAAACUUUCUUGUCCCGGGAAAACUAUCGGAAAAAUGGCCAACCUAUAACACAUAUAAUCCUCUUGACGCGCUUCCGCUUGAAGAGCCGUGGCCCGCAGGCCAGCGCGAGAUCACAGACGGUGCACAGCAGGCGGAUGGUCUUCUGAAGCUGCUUCCCUGGAAGCCCUCGCAGAGCUCGGAACAGUCGCUGGAGCACUCGCAGAGCUCGCAACCCUCGAUUGAGAUUGAUCCCGAACUCGAAGAAAACAAGCAAAUACUGCGAGAAAUCCUCACGCGCGGUCUUGAGCCGCCAGAAACGAGAUUGAUUGUCGCAGACAGGACGAGCGACAGAGUGGAAGACGACGAGAAUUUGGUGCACAAGAUUUUCGAUCCGGAACAGUACACGGAGCUAUCCUAUGCGCAGCGCUCUGCGUACGCGAGGGUAGUGGUUGACGUUUACCUCGAUCGCGAGGCCCAGCGGGGCGGGAGGUACGGCAAUUCUGAGGCUCGCGAGGACGAGCUGCGACGACAACUGUUUUUUCUUUAUUGCUUAUCAUAAAAAUAACAGAAGUUUCCACCAACGUGCAAUUUUUGAAAAAGUCACAAAAUUGCAAAAUUUGAAAAAAUGUUGUGUUGGUCACAAAUUUUUGAAUAUAUGGAACAAAGAAUAAGUGUAGGCACAUGCCUGUAGUGAUAUCCCUACUUAACGACAGAAAAAAUGAAGAAAUUUCAAGAUUUUUUCAGAUUUAAAAAAUUUUAGAAAAAGUGGGCGAGUGGAAAUAUCGGUGAUUUUCCAGAUUUUUUGGGUGUGUAUAUGUAUUUUCGAAGUCAAUGGCGCCCAUGCUCUAUGUGACAAGCCAGACAUAUAGCACUUUGCGCGUUUUUUGUCCCACUGUACAGGAUUGCACUGACGCUGACCCUUCUGGAAGAUCCGUGGGCUUUACUGUAAAGGCACCCCCCCCCUCCCAGGCCCCCAAGGGCCUUAUCCUCGCGAGCAAACGUUUGACCGUUUUCGUUUUCCAAUGUGCUCAGAAAAACUCGCACUCUCACGGCCAAGUUGCGAAAUUUUGGAUGACGAAAGGUAUCACCCUGUUGGCGACAGGACGGACUUGCGGAACUUUGUAGGAUUGUAACAAAUUUGAACUGAAAUUAAAACCUGUAAAAGAGUAGACACCGAUUGACUGACUGCUAUGCGG